UCGUUUAGUGUUUAGUUCGAGAAUCCUCCACAUGUGCAUCAGUUCGCAUCCAUCCGCAUCAGAGAUCAAAUGAGAGUAGACUAGUAGGUUAGUACCAAGUUAGUACGAGAAAUAUUAAGUGCAGGAAGUGUUGUGUGAACGAAAAUUAUACAAUGGAAAAGCGUCUCUCCAGGAUACCAGGAAAUCAUGAAAUUACAUACGCGACUUUUGUCCUCGUCGACGAGGAGCAUACCCUAGGAAAUGCACUAUCUAACGUGAUAAAUAAUUAUCCUGGCAUAAAAAUAUGCGCUUACACUGUGCCUCAUCCAGCAGAAAAUAAGAUACAUUUUAAUAUUCAGACAACUGGUGAAAGUGCGAUUGAAGUGUUGAAACGAGGUUUUCAGGAUCUUGAAAAAAUAUGCGAUCAUACAAUUGAAACAUUUGACAAAGCAUAUAAGAAGUUCAAAUCCUCAAGUGAUGCUCCUUUAGAUGCUACGUAACAUCAUUUUUAUAUAUUAUAGCUGUUUUCUAAUUAAAUAAAAAUAUACUAUUAAAUA